AUGCGACGCCCGAGUAAUGCAUAUAUAACUGGCCUUGAGGCACGAAUUGCAAGCCUGGAGAAAAUGCUCGCUCUUGCCACGAGCGGCUCCGACACCUCUGCACUUGACAAAAGAGGCAACCAAGAACGUAACUGGAGUGUCGUGGAUUUUACAGAUGUCGAACCAUGCUCCCCUCUGAAGGAGACUAGAUGUUUCGAAGCCCCAAGUGAAAAAACUGUCGACGAACUUGUUGACGCUCUCGGCUGUUUUACAUUGGGAGAUACUGGCGAGUUACGUUUCUUCGGAGCUUCCAGUAAUUUCAGUAUUAUCCACAACCACCCUCUGAGAGUCGCAUCUUCAGGCGAUGCACGAAAACGCGGCAUAGCUGCAGCACGCCAAAUGCCAGGCUUUUUUGAACCAUCUGAUGAGCUUCGUGACCAUCUUCUGGAGCUUUACUGGCAGUGGCAGAACUCCUGGCAGUAUAUUGUUGCUCGAGAGUCCUUCGUCCUGGACCUUUAUGUCCACAAGACCGGCAGAUUUUGCACUCCGCUGCUGCUUACGGCCAUGCUUGCACUUGCUUCUCGAUAUUCUUCUAGACCAGAGGUCCGAACGAGCCCUGAAGAUGCAAACACUGCUGGUGAAAUGCUCACCGCUCAAGCACGAACAAUGCUUCACCAUGAAUAUGAAGCUCCAACAACAUCAACUGUUCAAGCAGCAGGGCUGCUUGGCUUGUACUGGGCUGCGUUGGACAGAGAAGGCCUUGGAUUCAUGUAUAUCGGCAUGGCUUCACGAAUGGCGAUGAAUCUAGGGCUGCAUUCGGACUGUUCCGCAUAUAUUUCUCGUGGAUUCAUCACUGAGGAGGAUGUUGAGGCACGCAACAUCGCCUUCUGGGGUAUUUAUGUCCUGGACAAGCUGUACUGUGUCGGAAUGGGAAGACCUGCUGGUAUUCAGGAAUUCAACAUUACCACGGCCAAGCCUAAGGCCCAGGAUCGUGUCCUUAUCGGUUUGACCGAAGAGCAGCUUAAAAUCUCCCAACCAUGGGCGACGUCACAUAUCACCAUAAACGCGAUGCAGAUGUGCGAGAUAUUCAUCAUAACGUCUGAGGUGGUCGACCAACUGUAA